GCGUUUUAGUUUAGCUCAAGGAAUCGGCGCAAAAUGAAGACUGUUUGCUUGCUUGUACUCUUCGCCCUGCUGGCUGUAGUCUAUGCUGCUCCGGCACCCGCAGCCUCUCCCGAUGAGCCCACCGUAUCCAUUUUGCGAUAUAGGAACGAUCAGGAACUGGAGUCUAUACAGCGUGCAAUAAUUGCGCAAUACGAAGGUCGACUUGGCGGCACCACACAGAUUCAUGCACCACGCACCGCAAGUGUCGUCAAUCCCCGGACCCUCGGCAUCCACAUUUAAAUACCGAUAAGUUUAAUAAAUUACAAAUUGUUGUGAAUA